GAAUGGAGCUGUACUGAACUGAGUAUAUUGUAUAAUUAUAUCAGUAUAUUAAACUAUCUGCUGUGUUUAAAUAGUUUGUGUUAAUAAGUAUCGGUUUAUGAUUAAGGGAGCGAUAUAAACAAAAACUUAAAACGAUCAUUAUGAUGAAGUACAGCAACUUUGUGUGAACGGUUGAAAGUUACAGUGGACUUCCUAAACCAGCUAUAUAUAAGGACGUUUUUCUGGGGCAAAAUGAGAGGCUUAUAAGGUUAACCUUGAAUGGGAGAACCCUUGGCCUAUGACAUUCUAUUCAGUCAUACCUGAAUAAACCUGGCAUGGAGAAGAAGGCAAACAUCUCCAAUAAAGUCACAUAAUUUGAAGAUGUGAUAUCAGUUCUUCCUGAAGAGGCAGCCAGAGAAACUUGUGAUUCGGGCAGUCCAACAGAGUAAAAAUUUGCUUCCGCUGAUGCCACAUCUGACGAAAAUAACCACCUAGAUUCCUUUAAUUUAAUAGAGCCCCCUCCUCUGGACUGGAGGUCUGACUCUUCCAGUGACGCAUGUUCGCUUAGGGAUUUUGAUGAAUCCGGAUCUUUCCCCAUGGAUCCACCGUCAGAGAAGAAAAGUGUCUUUAAAUCUCAGAGUGCAGGAUUGACACCAACAGAAGUCGAAGAUCUCACCAUGAAUGAUUCGAUCACUGCUGAUGUACUGGUGAAGAAUCCAGCGCAGAUGACAGAGAAGCCAGAACGGGAGGCCAGACACCACGACCUGGAUCACUCUCACAUUCAGACUCUGCUCACUCAGCUUCAGCUUUUUCACCCAACAACUCCUCCUGAAGAACCUGCUCAAGAACAAGAGCCUAAAAAGAGUACAUUUGAUACUGACUUUGCAACCGAGAGCCAUACAUCAUCAUGCAUGGUGCAUGAAAUCGGUGCUCAUCCAACCAGCUCAGAAGGAAACAUUGGUGCUGGACUUCUUUUCACCGAGAGUCACCAGAAGGACCUUCUGCAGCUGCUGGAGGACCCAGAACCUGAAGAACCUCAAAGCCUUGAAAGACCUCAGACUGCCGAGAGUCAUAUUGGAGACAUUUCAGAGCUAACCGACUACCAGACAAGAUAUGUACGCCAGACCGGUGAAGCAGAUGAAAUGAUUUCAGUAUCAUAUGGUCCGGACAUCUGGCACAACCACUUUCAGGAUGAGUUUAUGAUGUCAGGGUACUCUGAGGAUGAGAUGAUGGAACGGUGGCAGCAGUCCGAAGGGGUGUCCUCCGAAGAGUCGGCCUCCCAUAGUGCCAAUGUGGAUCCUGAGGCUGGGACCCAACCUACAUAUAAAGUGCCUGGUCCUUGUGAUCCUGAGGAUCUUCUUGAUGGGAUUAUUUUUGCAGCCAAAUACCUCGGUUCUACGCAGCUGCAGUCAGAUAGGAACCCCUCCACCAAUGCUCGCAUGUCUCAGGCACAAGAGGCUGUAGACCGUAUCAAGGCCCCUGAAGGAGAGUCCCAGCCAAUGACAGAGGUGGAUCUCUUCAUCUCCACUCAAAGAAUUAAAGUGUUGAGUGCUGAUACACAGGAGGCUAUGAUGGACCAUUCUCUGCAGAUGAUUUCAUACAUAGCUGACAUCGGGAGCCUCGUUGUGCUGAUGGUGCGAAGGAAGCCAGCAGGUCAUAAAACCACCGAUUCAGAAGCUAGUUCUUCUUCAGCACCCAAAAAAUGCUGGAUGAUCUGCCACGUGUUCUCUUCGGAAGAUGCACACAUUGUAGCUCAGGCUAUUGGCCAGGCAUUUGGAGUGGCAUAUCAGCAGUUUUUGCAAGUAAAUGGAAUCAAAGCCAAUGAACUUAGAGCUGGGGAGUACUGCCUCGGCACACAGGAGCAAUAUAAUGGAGACCUGGUGCACUUCUCACGAUCGGAAAAUAUUAAAGAGAUUUGCAUAUCGAAGCAGGUUGGAGAGAUCCUGGGUGUAGCGAUAGUUGAAUCCGGUUGGGGCUCCAUCUUGCCCACGGUGGUGGUGGCCAACCUGCUGCAUGGAGGUGCCGCCGAGCGCUCGGGCGAACUUAGCAUUGGCGAUCGCAUCAUGUCUGUAAACGGUGCCAGCCUGGUGGGCCUUCCCAUCACUACCUGCCAAGACAUCAUCCGAGAUCUGAAAAACUUUUCCCAGGUGAAGCUCAGUAUAGUCCGCUGUCCACCCGUCACCAUGGCCAUCAUAAAGCGCCCAAACCCCAAAUACCAGCUGGGCUUCAGUGUUGAAGAUGGAAUUAUUUGCAGUUUAAUGCGAGGAGGCAUCGCAGAAAGAGGCGGCAUUCGGGUCGGUCAUCGCAUAAUUGAAAUUAAUGGGCAGAGCGUUGUAGCUACGCCGCAUGAAAAAAUCAUCCACAUCCUCACGAAUGCAGUGGGAGAGAUUCAUUUGAAGACGAUGCCUGUAUCUACAUAUCGACUUCUGACUGGACAAGAGCAGCCUGUGUAUCUCUGAAAGCAAUAACCCAACAAGUGCACUUUUUCAUUUUUAGAUCCAUCCAGUGACUCUUUAUUAACUCGCGCUCGCUGCACUUCAUAUGUACCUCGUGAAUCGUUGCUGAAAUCAUGGAGCUGCACUUCAUGGGAAUUUUAACUACAUAACAGACUAAGGAAAGCUGUUCUGCAUUAUACAGCACAUGCGUGUUUAUGUUCCACCGUGCCUUUAAACAGCCUAAACGGAGAAACAUGUGCAAGCGUGUCAUUUGCAUGAUCAACUUUCAUUGAAACGAUUAACAUUUGAGUCAUUCAGCUCUCAGUGACUUACUAGCAUCUGCUUUGCUGGAAGAGUUGUGUUUAGAAUAUGAGUCUUAGUGCUUGGACGGCAAAAAUGACUGACCUCGGUUAUUUCAAUGUGUCUGUUUUUAACAAUGGAACAAGUCUGUUUAAAUGGCUGCUAUAUUCAAUAAAGAAUUAACUGCUGUUUAAA